AUGUCCAGGUAUGCGAAGUUCUUAAAGGAAAUCCUUAGCAACAAUAAGAAGUUAGAGGACUUGGCGACCGUGACCCUAAAUGACGAGUGUUCGACUAUACUUUGGGACAAAUUGCCAGAGAAGAAGUGUGAUCCAAGGAGUUUUACUGUCCCUUGUGUGAUUGGUGAUUUGACAAUUAGCAAUGCCUUAGUUGACUUAGGAGCUAGGAUUAAUUUAGUGCCAUACAGUUUGUUUACCAAGUUGGGGCUAGGUGAGACGAAACCCACUAGGAUGAGCAUACAGUUCGUUGAUAGGGCUGUUAAAUAUCCUAGGGGUAUUGUGGAGGAUGUACUUGUUAAGGUUGACAAAUUUAUAUUUCCCGUUGACUUUGUGAUCAUGGACAUGGAUGGUGAGAGUAAUGUACCUUUAAUUCUAGGUCAACCUUUUGUUGCAACGUCUAGGGCUAUUUUAGAUGUUUAUAAUAGGAAGCUUGAACUUAGGUUAGGGGAUGAAAUUGUCACUUUUGAUUUGAAUAAUUCUAUGCGACAGUCCUUAGAUCAUGAUGAUACUAUGUUUGAUUUACUUGAUGAUGUUAUUGAUGCACAAUUUUAG